GAGGGAGAAAAGGGCGCUGUGGCGCGGCGGGAGGAAGUGCGCCAGGUCCCGGCUCCCGCUGCGAGGCGCCCCGCGGGUGGGCCGGCCAGGUGAGCCCGAGAUGCCGCUGCGCUGGAAGCCGGGGCCGCCGCUGCCGCAGCUGCUGCUGCUCCUGGGGCCGCUCGGCCCCUUGUCCCCGCGCGCCCCGGUGGGACUCGCGCAGGCGGACGCCGCCGCGGAGCUGGACUUCUCCACCGAGCGGCCGGUGCACCUGGUGAGUCCCGCCUUCCUGUCCUUCACCAUCGACGCCAACCUGGCCACGGACCCGCGGUUCCUCACCUUCCUGGGUUCUACAAAGCUUCGUACUUUGGCCAGAGGUUUGUCUCCUGCAUACCUGAGAUUUGGUGGCACCAAGACAGACUUUCUCAUUUUUGAUCCCAAGAAAGAACCAACCUUUGAAGAAAGAAGUUACUGGCAGUCUCAAGUCAACCGGGAUAUGUGUGAAUCUGGAUCCAUCCCUUCCGACGUAGAGAAGAGAUUACAGUUGGAAUGGCCCUUCCAGGAGCAAUUGCUUCUCAGAGAACAGUAUCAGAAAAAGUUCAACAAUAGCACUUACUCAAGGAGCUCCGUGGAUAUGCUGUAUACUUUUGCAAAUUGCUCAGGACUGGACUUGAUCUUUGGUCUAAAUGCCUUACUACGAACAGCAGAUUUGCAGUGGAACAGUUCUAAUGCUCAGUUGCUCCUGGAUUAUUGCUCUUCUAAGAAUUAUAACAUUUCUUGGGAACUAGGCAAUGAACCUAACAGUUUCCGGAAGAAGGCUGGUAUUUUCAUCGAUGGAUUGCAGUUAGGAGAAGAUUUUGUCAAGUUGCAUAAACUUCUAGCAAAAUCCACUUUCAAAACUGUGAAUCUCUAUGGUCCUGAUAUUGGCCAGCCUCGAGGAAAGACUGUCAAGAUGCUAACGAGUUUCCUGAAGGCUGGGGGAGAAGUGAUUGAUUCAGUUACAUGGCACCACUACUACUUGAAUGGACGAAUUGCUACCAAAGAGGAUUUUCUAAACCCUGAUGUGUUAGACACUUUUGCUUCAUCUGUGCAAAAAAUUUUCCAGGUUGUUGAGGAGACCAGACCCCACAAGAAAGUUUGGUUAGGAGAAACAAGCUCUGCAUACGGGGGUGGAGCGCCAUUGCUGUCCAACACCUUUGCGGCUGGCUUUAUGUGGCUGGAUAAAUUGGGCCUGUCGGCUAGAAUGGGCAUAGAAGUGGUGAUGAGGCAAGUGCUCUUUGGAGCCGGAAACUACCACUUAGUGGAUCAAAACUUCGAACCUUUACCUGAUUAUUGGCUAUCUCUUCUGUUCAAGAAAUUGGUGGGCACCAAUGUAUUAAGGGCGAGCGUGAAAGGUCCAGACAGCAGGAAACUUCGAGUAUACCUUCACUGUACCAACAUCAACCACCCAAGGUAUAAAGAAGGAGAUUUAACCCUGUAUGCCUUAAACCUCCACAAUGUCACCAAACGCUUGCAGUUGCCGUAUCAUUUAUUUGACAAACAAGUGGACAAAUACCUCGUAAAACCUUUAGGGCCUGAUGGAUUACUUUCUAAAUCUGUCCAACUCAAUGGUCAAACUCUGAAGAUGGUAGAUGAUCAUACCCUCCCGGCUUUGACAGAAAAACCUCUCCGCCCAGGAAGUACACUGGGCUUGCCAGCUUUCUCAUAUGGAUUUUUUGUGAUAAGAAAUGCCAAAGUUACCGCUUGCCUCUGAAAAUGAAAGGCAUACACCAUCCCUGAGAUUGAAUUUUUCAAGUGUAUUGAUAAGAGGAAAGCAAAACCCAAGCUAUAGGAAGGCAAGCAGAUACAUUACAGAUCAACUAGGGAAGCUUUAGGGACACUGGGACACUCGCGGUGCUAGAUUUAGCACAGUCUUUUGUUCUAAGUAGACCACUGCUAAUAAUAAUACCUGGUGCCAAACACUACGCUCAGUGCUUUGCAUGUUCUAUUUUUACUUAAAGUUAUUAAAAAGGUAUAUGGAUGCUCCCAAUAUAGCCAGGAGGCAAGUAAGUGAGGGAUACAGCACUAUUUUUAAGAAAGUGCUUCGUUUUUAUUUUAAAAAACAGUUAUUAAAAGACUGCAGGAUUCUUUAUAUGCUGUUUCUAUGGGCUCCUGUCAGAAAAAGUGUACUGCCACAAUCUUCAAAUUGUCUAUAAAUGAGAGAGUCUCUUUUCACCUUAACAGAGAGCUAGAUUUAUCUGCUGCUUCUCUUCUCAUUGUUUUUUGUCAACAAUACUGCAUGAGAGGACAGAUGGUUAGAAGUGAUAGUAUAAAAAAAGAAUUAACGACAAUUCAGAGGGACUGGAUUAUGUAAACUUCACAUGAAAUUUUAAAGCGACUGUAAAUGAAAUUGACCUACUUACCAAGAGGAGAAAAUGUAAUUCGAUACAUUAUAACUACCUGUUGAUGUUUACUUUUUUUUUUAUAAUUUUUUUUUAACGUUUUA